AUGGCCGAAGUCGGCGAGGACAGCGGGGCCCGCGCCCUCCUGGCGCUGCGCUCGGCGCCCUGCAGCCCCGCGCGCUGCGCCGCGGCCGCCGCCUUCCCCGCCGCGCCCGGCGCGCCCGCCCCGUCGUCGCCGCCGCCGCCGCCGCCCGCGCAGCCGCCGCCGCCGCCGCCGCCGCCGCCCGGCGCCGUGGCGGGGGGCGCGGGGCCCGCGGGGGCCGCGGCGGGCGAGGCCCUGGUGGCCGCGGCGGCCGCGUCGGUGCGCCGGAGCCCCGGGCCCGCGCUGGCCCGCCUCGAGGGCCGCGAGUUCGAGUUCCUCAUGCGCCAGCCCAGCGUCACCAUCGGCCGCAACUCGUCGCAGGGCUCGGUGGACCUGAGCAUGGGCCUGUCGAGCUUCAUCUCGCGGCGCCACCUGCAGCUCAGCUUCCAGGAGCCGCACUUCUACCUGCGCUGCCUGGGCAAGAACGGCGUGUUCGUGGACGGCGCCUUCCAGCGGCGCGGCGCGCCCGCCCUGCGCCUCCCCAAACAGUGCACUUUCCGCUUCCCCAGCACGGCCAUCAAGGUCCAGUUCACGUCGCUGCUGCCCCAGGAGGAGGCCCCGGUGUCCCCGUUGCGUCCGCUGUACCCGCACAUCUCCCCGCUGAAGAUCCACAUCCCGGAGCCGGAUCUCCGGAGCCUGGUCAGCCCCGUCCCGUCCCCAACCGGCACCAUCAGUGUUCCCAACUCCUGCCCGGCCAGUCCCCGCGGGGCGGGCUCCUCCGGCUACCGCUUUGUGCAGAACGUGACCUCAGACCUGCAGCUGGCCGCCGAGUUUGCUGCCAAGGCCGCGUCGGAGCAGCAGGCUGACGCGUCAGGGGGAGACAGCCCCAAGGACGAGUCGAAGCCACCCUACUCGUACGCGCAGCUCAUCGUGCAGGCCAUCUCAUCGGCGCAGGAGCGGCAGCUGACACUCAGCGGCAUCUACGCGCACAUCACCAAGCAUUACCCCUACUACCGCACAGCCGACAAGGGCUGGCAGAAUUCCAUCCGGCACAACCUGUCCCUGAACCGCUACUUCAUCAAAGUGCCGCGCUCACAGGAGGAGCCGGGUAAGGGCUCCUUCUGGAGGAUCGACCCGGCGUCCGAGGCCAAGCUGGUGGAACAGGCCUUCCGGAAACGCAGGCAGCGGGGUGUCUCCUGCUUCCGCACCCCCUUCGGACCGCUGUCCUCAAGGAGCGCGCCUGCAUCCCCCACACACCCUGGGCUGGUGUCCCCACGCUCCAGUGGCCUGCAGACGCCCGAGUGCCUAUCUCGAGAGGGCUCCCCCAUUCCACACGAUCCCGACUUCGGGUCCAAGUUAGCUUCCGUUCCUGAAUACCGCUACUCCCAGAGCGCACCCGGCUCUCCUGUCAGCGCCCAGCCUGUGAUCAUGGCUGUGCCACCCCGCCCGCCCAGCCUGGUGGCCAAGCCCGUGGCCUACAUGCCGGCGUCAGUGGUGACGGCUCCGCCAGCCCCCGGCCACGCCAUCCACGUGCUGCAGCAGGCGCCCCCGGUGACCAUGCUCAGGGUGGUGACCAGCUCGGCCAGCUCCGCCAAUGGCUACAUCCUCGCCAGCCAGGCCCCGCCAGGAGCUGCUCAUGAAGCCACAGGCACGGCUGUGCUGGACCUGGGCAGCGAGGGCAGGGGCCUGGAGGAUAAACCCACCAUCGCCUUUGCCACCAUCCCCGCGGCCAGCCGAGUCAUCCAGACAGUGGCCAGCCAGAUGGCACCAGGAGUCCCCGGCCACACGGUCACCAUCCUGCAGCCGGCCACCCCCGUGAGCCUGGGCCAGCACCCCCUCCCGGUGCGGGCCGUGACACAGAACGGGAAGCAUGGAGUCCCCACCAGCAGCGUGGCCAGCAGCACUUACGCCCUCACCAGUCCCCUGCAGCUCCUCGCCGCCCAGGCCAGCUCGUCCACGCCGGUGGUGGUCACGCGCGUGUGUGAGGUGGGGCCCGAGGAGCCCACAGCAGCCGCCCCAACCACUGCCGCCAGCGCCACCUCCGCUUCUCCCAGCGAGGAGCCCGAGGUGAAGCGACCACGUGUGGAGGUGCCCGGCGGGACGGUGCCCUCUCAGGCUGCAACGGUCACGGCAGGCAGCCCACAGGCACCGGGCUCCAGGGAGUGACGUCUGCGGGCGUCGGGGACCCGCGCCCCGGCGCUCCCCACCCUGGCGCCGGCCACCCUCCUCAUCCUCUUGCACCCGCUGCGCUCAGAACGGAACCAUAACCGAGUUCAGACGCUGGUUUCACGUGUCUGGGAACCCCCUGCCACUGCCCUCCCGGCCAGCCACCUCCCCAGGAACACGCCGGAGA